ACCAUGAAAGAAUGAUCUACACUGAAGGCUACUCCCUAAUGCAAAGUAUCAGAUGAAAUUACCUUUAAAAUAAACAAAGGAUAAACAAAAAAAUAUUUGAAAAAAAAAAUCACCUUUAAUUGCCAACUUCCAAUUCUACAGGUUUUACAGAACUUGUCAAAAUCAUGUCAGAACUUAAGAAGAACUCAUUCUGGAGGGCCGUUACGGCCGAAUUCGUUGGCAUGACUCUUUUUAUAUUCCUUGCUAUUUCUUCAGCCAUCGGGAACCCAAACAACACCAGACCAGACCAAGAAUUGAAGGUGUCACUUGCAUUUGGUUUGGCAAUAGCCACACUGGCCCAGAGCUUAGGUCAUAUCAGUGGAGCUCACCUGAAUCCUGCAGUCACCGUCGGUUUGCUCGUUAGCUGCCAAAUCAGCUUGUCAAAGGCCUUCAUGUACAUAUUAGCCCAGUUGCUAGGUGCAACUUUGGCGAGUGGAAUUGUGUAUGGAACACGUCCAUAUAACACUACGGCCCUGGGAGUUAAUGCUCUCGGUGAUGUGAAUUUCAGACAAGGUUUGGCCAUCGAACUUUUCGCCACAUUUCAGUUGGUGUUGUGUGUGAUUGCAGUCACUGAUAAAAAGCGACGUGAUGUUACUGGCUCGGCACCUUUGGCCAUUGGUCUCUCUGUCUGCUUGGGACAUUUGGCAGCUAUAAGCUACACCGGCUGUGGAAUCAACCCUGCUCGCUCUUUUGGCCCUGCUCUAGUUCUUAACAAGUUUGAAAAUCACUGGGUGUACUGGGUGGGGCCAAUCUGUGGUGGAAUAGCAGCAGCCCUCAUCUACAAUUUUUUGCUUUCCCCCAAAUUCGAUGAUUUCCCCAAGUGCGUGAAGGUCCUAGUGAGUGGUGCAGGGGAUGCUGCUGAUGACAACAAAGACAGAAUGGCAAGGAAAACAAGAAUGCCACGGAAAUAGCAUAGCGAACCUUUAAAUAAUGCUAAUGCACAUAUACAAAUUGUAAAAUGUUCUCAACUUCAAAAUACAAGGCAGUAAUAGAAAAAACAUGGAGGACUGCAACAGCCAGCAAACAUAUAGUAGUAGUCUUAACAUUCAUGAGGACUAUUUAUAGAGAUGGGUCCCCAAAUAGGGUAAGAAAUCUUGUAGGUAAUGUAUAGAUAUAGAGGUAUAGAUACAUAGGUUCCAUUCUUGAUUAACAUUUGAUUAACAAUAUUACACCCUAUUUAACAAGAACAUGUCAUGAUUGUGUUUAAAAAAUACAUUUUAUCUGGCUAUUAGCUAAAUCUUUAUUAACAUCCAAUGUACAUGUAAUUUGUGUAGAACUUAUAUGAUAAAUGUUUUUUAUCCAGUGUCUAAAUAUGCCUGGUAAUUGCUGUUGCUAUAAAACAUUUUUACCUAAAUAAAUGACUUAAAUCUCUA